UCCCACUCCAUUCGCUCCGCCCAACCACUUGCCCCAUCUCCCCUGGAUUUGGGCCCCACCCACCUCUUCUGCUCUUCUAAACUUCCACCGCUAGACUAGAGUGGACCACCCAAACUGUAAUCACACUCCCAUUCAUGGCGCUUCUCUCUAAUGGGCUCUCGAUUCUCGCUAUCCCCCCGCCGUCUCGCCCCUCCAACCACCGCCACCUGCAUUUCACCACUUCCGUUUUCCCUGCUAGACCUUUCUCCGGAAAUGCCAAACUUUUAUUCAAAUCAUCCAACUCCCGGAUCAAAAGCUUUCCGCAGGAUGGUGUACAGAGCUCUGACAAUGUCAAACCAGAAGUUAUGCCAGAGGAUCAAAAUACAGCUUCUGAUAUUGCUAUAGGAAGUUUAGAAAACAAAACUGCUGAUAGUGAAAGUGCAUUUCUGUCAAAAUUAGGAAUACUUCUGGGAAUAGCUGCUGCGAUUACAUUGGUAUCAGUUGGUAUAAAGUCACCAAGUCAGGGGACAUCACAUGGAAUUCAAUUUUUGCUAGAUGGCUCGUCCUCUUCCACUUUGGCUGCGCCUACUGGUGCUUUUAGCUUCCGGGCUUUUGGAUAUAGAGUUGUGCUUCCUGAAUAUGCCCCUGGAUGGAUAUACUUUUGGCUGUUGAUGGCUGCAGGAUGUGGACUUUUUAUUAGUGAAGAGGCUUUGAAUAUAUGGGUUGGCAUCUCCUUGGCACGAUUACUUUCUAUGGACGGGACAUGGCAAUCUUUAGUUGAUUCAUUUUCAAGAAAUGCUCCAUACAUGAUUUCCACUGUUGUGUGGGUGUACUGGGGAGUUUGUAUCAGUGAUAUGAUACCAUUUUACCUUGGGAAGUUUUUCAAACAAUCUGGGGCAUCUAAUGAUAUUUGGUCAAAGUUAGGGGUUGGCAAAGAAAAAGCUAUGGACAUUACACGCACUGUGCAAAGAUAUGGAAAUCUUAUUGGUUUCGUGGAACGAUUUUCUCUUGGAGUAAGAAAUCCUACUGCUUUUCUUGCUGGGGCAAUGAACAUAUCACCAGAGUGUUUCUUUGCUGGUGUAUGCUGUGGAGGACUGGUCACUCUACCAUUACAGUUGGCAAUUGGAUUCUUGCUGAGAGAACGUCCAGUCUUUGCCCUUGCAACUGUUGCCACUGUAGUGGGAAUUUGGACCGUGUUUCCAUAUGCUGUGGCUGCCCUGACAGCAGCAUUCCUCUAUUUGCGACGCCGCUACUCCAGCUAACUCUGCUCAUUUUUGCUCAAUACACAAAUUCCUGGAUCACACGGUAUGCUUUCAAACCAUGCUUGUGGAAGGUGUUAUAAUAGAAUCUGGAAGAUUUUCUCAAUCACUUGUUCAGCUAUUCUCCAUGAGAUUGUUGUAGCUCGAAGUUUGUUAUAGGUAACUUAUUAGCUUAUAGAAGACUGUUCUUGUAGCAUGAUUCUUGUUGUACCAUAUUUGACAAUCAACAUUAUAAUAGAAGACAAUCAAUUUAAAUG